AUGCCAUUUCCGUCGAUAUUACAUCUGACAAUAGGAAGAUAUGCGAGCUAUGACUCCAACAAUCACAUGAGACGGCGUGCAAAACUCAUGGAAGCCAUCUUCCGCAUCCGAACAAUAUGA